UCUUUCUCAACGCGAAACGUUGCCGAGAUGAAGUUCGGCAAGCAGCUGGACGCCAAGCGGCUCGCCCAGUGGAGCGACUUUUACGUGAGCUAUGGCCUGCUCAAGAAGCUCAUCAAGGCAGCCGAGCAGCAGCAGCGUCAGCCGCGCACCGCCGGCCAAAACCCCCAGGAGCUUGUUGAGGCGUGUCGGAAGCGCUUCUUCUUUGAGCUCGACCGCGACUUGGAGCGAGUGACUGGCUUUUUCGUGUCGCAGAUGAGCGAGCUCCAGCAGCGACUGACUGCGCUGUGUGUCAAGAAGAGCAGCGCACUGCUGCACGAGUCGUCGCAUCCACUGCAGCAGGAGGGACAAGCGAGGCCGGCUGGAGCUGGAGUCGUCGGAGAUGGAGAAUCGCUCAGUCAAGCUCAAGCUCAGGCUCAGGCGCAGGCUCAGGCUCAUCAUGACCAAGACGACCACGACGACGACCACGACGACCACGACGAUGGAAUGAACGAGCUGCUCGAUCGCAGGCAGACGGCCGACGCGCGAGGCGGACGACGACGACGAGCAAUCGACCAAUCCACGGUGCAGGAUCAAGCACGAGCUGCAGUCAGUGACAUUGCCGCCGACGACGAAACCGACCCGACCCCAAUCGACGCGGGGCUUCCUGCUGGGCAUACUGGCGCAGCGGCGGCGGCGGCGGCGGAGCGAGUGGGAAGUCGAGCGCAGCGCCAAAGCAACGCCAGCAGCGCUCAGUUCAAUGCAACCAGUCAUUCUGCGGCUGCUGCGACUGCGGCUGCUGCGGCGGCUGCUUCCAUUGCAGCUGGCGCCCAUCAGCAAGUCGCGCGGCUGUCCAUCGACGCCGUCAACGCGCUCGCCAACUCAUUUGCCGACUUUAUCGAGGACUCGGACAAGCUGCAGACGUUCGUGACGCUCAACGCGACUGGAUUUCGCAAGAUUCUCAAAAAGUUUGACAAGCGCCUUCUCGAGACCAACCAAGAACGAUACCUCAGCAGCAAGGUCUACGUCCAACCGUUCAGCGAUGUCACGCUGCUUACUCGGAUGAAAACGGAAGCAACCCAGCACCUGAACGAUCUCCACGCGCUUCAGAGCGGCGGCGAGUUGUCGGACGCUCAGCAAGGGCUGCCAGAGACGCUUCGGCAGCUGUCCACCUCUUUGCUGUCGGCCGUGACCAACCAUCACGCCGAGAAGAUUAUUGACAUUUUGGAUCGGAUGAAUAGCGAAAUUGUUCGCGAGAUUGCGGUCGGAGGCGUUUCGGCCGAGUCGGUGCCUGGCAUUCUGCAUCGCUGGCUCGCCAAGCCGCUCAUCACAGCGUCCCGGGAUGGUGCAAUCUCUGUCGUCGCCACGCUUCUGGACGCCGGUGCCAAUGUCAACAGUCUCAACACGAAGAACAACCGGACUGCGCUUCAGAAGGCGGCUGGUCACGGCCACGACGAGGUUGUUGAGCUGCUUCUCGCUCGUGGUGCGAAUGUGCAGCGACAAGACAUCCAUCAGCGUACACCUCUCCACUAUGCCGUCCUGACGGGCUCCACGCGAUGUGUGCGCCACUUGUUGCACCACAAUGCUCCGCUGGAAAUCCGAGACCAGGACGGAUUCACGCCGUUGCAGUACGCCAUCAUCAAAGGCUAUCUCUCCAUUGUGCAAGAGCUUGUCCAACGAGGUGCCUCUGCUGAGGUCCGCACCAUUGAAACGGACCAGACCUGCCUCAUCCUUGCCGCCGAAAACGGCCAGCACGCAGUGGUUGCACUAUUGCUGGAUCAGGGCGCCGCCAUUGACGCUCUCGACGAGCACGGUGCAACUGCAUUGCAUCAUGCCGCUCGAAUGGGGCACACCACGACUGUGCGCGAGUUGCUUCAGCGCAGAGCAAGUGUGAACAUUUCAGCAUCAACCAACCGACACACUCCUCUGCUGGAAGCCACAUGCCAAGGCCACUUUGACUGCGUCAAGCUCUUGCUCGACUAUGGCGCACGAAGCGAUCUCGAGGAUGCCAUGGGCUGGACUGCUCACGCUCACGCCGUGUUCCGGGGCCACAUGAGAAUUGCCCAGCUCUUUUCCGCCCCAGCGUCUGCGUCCGCGGCUAAUCGGCUGUCAAAGCGCGUUUCCACGUACUCGCAGACCGUGGACGAAAUCGACGGCAGCGAUCCUACCAUGGCCGCAUUCGGCGUCGAGUCGCCUGCCGUGUUUUCGAUUCCACGUGGCAUCACCAACGCAUCUGCUAGUCUGCACUCGCCUCUCACCAUGCAGCUGGACGGAAUGCAGCUGGAUACAACAGACCCUUCUGUGGCCCCAUCCUUGGACGAUUCCAUUCCAUUGCUUGCAUUGCCUCCACCGGCGUUGCCGUUCAAGCACCAUGGCCACACGUACUUGCAUCGUCGCGUUCUGUUGCAAAUGACGCUGGGUCUGUCUGCCUUCACCAUGGACGGCCUGGUUGAGGCGCUUGGGGUUGGCAACGCUCGCCGCACCGUCGCUCAACCGCCUGCCAAGCAACUCCUCCAGCAGCCACCCGCCGUGCUCCAGCUCUUCUCCCCGUUGAUGCUGGGUGCCGGAACGCCCAAAGCCCAUGUCAGCGGCAAGCAGGAUCCGGCAUCUUCCACCCCUCAACCCCCUGGUCGCCGUGUGACACCCCAGCAUCCCCCGGCCCUGCUCGACAGCGCUGCGACCAAUCCGAACGCGCGCACUCACCCAGUAACGCUGCAGUCCGGCCGAGAUCCAUUCCCAGCAAUGCGCAUGGUUGUGUCUGUGCCAUGCAGUGGUAACGUCCCGCACAUGCUGAUGCUUCCGCUUCGCAAUGAGCAGCACGCCGAAAACUUUUCCUUCCUGGCCGACUCUCUGUCGCAGCUCACAGUGUACAUCAACCUGUUUCCAGCGGUCGGCGAUCAGCUUGUGGGUCGGGCGGCGAUUCUCCCAGCGUCGUUUGCGCUUCUGAAGGGCUCUGUCGUCGCGCCCAUCUUCCAUGUUGAGACGCUCGAGCUGUUGGGCUCUAUCGCGCUCGAGUACCAAGUGGUGACGCCUUUCUACCACCGUGGUAUCAGCGCCGGCAUCUCAUCGCAGACGUACUGGAAGUCCACGCGCAGCCUUGGCAAGCGGCGCUAUGCCGGGGCAGCCGCCUUGGCAGGUGCAGGCAAUUCCAGUUCCUUUGCCGCGGCCGACGAUGAUGACGAUGACGAGGCCGACAAUUCGCUUGCUUCCAGCCGCGGACACUUGUUGCCGCUCGAACGCAGCGUGGUGACUGCAGCUUCUCUCACUUCGCACUACAUUGACGUUGAAGUCCAACUGUCACGCGAUGGCACGCCGCUCGUCCGCCUUGGCAGCGACGUUCUGGAAAAGGUCUUGCCAUUUGCCCUGACUGGUGACAGCGAGCUUGUUCAACAGGUGCAGUCCAAGUUCAAGCGCAGCAGCCAACUGCUCGUUUCGCCCAUGCACUUGGACUCGACAUCGGCCAUCGCUGCCGGCGCCCCGGCAUCUGCUCUCCAACAGUGCGUGGAGCAAAGCCUUCCCCAUGGAUUUUGCGCUACCACGCUUGAGGCGUUGCUGACGUGCGAUGAAAUUGAACCAGCCGUCGGCUUCCAUCUCCAUCUGACUCUGCCAGGCACAGUUUCUGCUGCGGAAGUUCACCCAACGGACGAAGGGUUUGACGGCGCCUCCUGGCUUCAUUCUGACUUGUCCGCGCCGUCUGCGUGGUCCUCGCGCGUUUCAGCCAUUCCGCAGCAAGCUCUCAACCGCUGCGUGGAUGCCGUGCUCAAAGUCAUCUACGACAACGCAAAGUCGCGUCGCCUCUUGUUCAGCUCCUUCCAUCCAGACACAUGCAUGAUGCUUGCAUUGAAGCAGCCAAACCACCCCGUGAUGCUCGCGUCCUGUGGUGGCGCCGUAUUGACCACGGAUGCUGUCUGCAAUUCAAUGCAGCAGGCCGUUUUCUUUGCCAAGUCGCACCAGCUCCUGGGCAUUCUGGUCCACGCCCCGGUCGUCGCUCGCUCGCCAACGCUGAUUCGGGCUGUGCGAGAGAGCAGCCUGCUACUCUUCACCUUUGGGUCUUGCAACGCAUCCCGCGAGGUCCGCGGCACCCAAGAGCUCGACCAUGUGGACGGCGUGGAUGCAUUCGGUGCCGUGCACAUUGCGCGACGCCUGCAGCAUCACCCUGCCUUCCCUUCCACGGUCGCCACCCCCAGUUUCCGCCGAUCCGGCUUGCUGUCAAGCAACAGUUUGCAUGGGUCGUCCCUGUUUUCCCAAGCUGGUCUGGUGGAUGCCUUGUCAGCAAUGCAAGAGUCUUCUCCAAGCUCGGGCAAUACUGCCACGGCCACACCAAUGACGCUGCUGACCAGUUCCGUUGGCAACUCGUCUGCCUCACGUGUGUCGGCUGAUGCUCCUGCUCUGGAUGCUCGAGCAAGUGCAGCAGGAGCCGUGCCUGCUGCCCCUCCUGCGUUUGCAGGCUCCAUCUUUUCCUUCCUGAGUAACGAUUCCCAGUAGUGUUACCAUUUGUUUUUUGAUUUAUUGAAGAGACAACAAUCAGUAAACGGUCUAAUGUAUUUUGUAGUCCAAAAAAAAAAGCUGAUUCAAACAACCGCA